CUGUCAAAAGAGGAAAGCAACUUCGUGAGCUGGUAUCGCGGAAAGAAAACUUUCAUUUUUUCCGGAAUAACUAGUAAAAUCUCCCGUUCGCGUAGAAUAUUUCCCGGAGUGGAACAGAACCAACGUUCGGGCGGUUAGUGUGAAAUAGUGAAAAAUAGUUUUGGGGUGCAAAUGAAGCGAUUACGGUGCGGGUUUCUGUGGCUGUUGAUUGCCGUCGUCUGCCAGCAGACGGAGGCAAUUAUGUUCCGCCUGGCACCGAACAUGCAAAAGUGUCUCAAAGACGAAAUGCAGGGCAAUCAGAUAGUGGCCGGCGAGUACGAGGUCACCGGUGCGCCCGGGCAGAAGAUCAACUACGUGGUUCGCGACAGCAAGGGCCACAUAAUGUCCCAGAAGGAGGACAUCAGUAAAGGCAAAUUUUCGUUCACCUCGGAGAUGUACGACACAUUUGAGAUCUGUUUCAUCUCGCAGGUUCCGCCGACUCACCGCGGGAUUGAACAGGACGUCGCCCUGGACAUUAAGAAGGGUAUCGAAACCAAGAGUUACGAAGGUAUUGGUGAAGCCGCAAAGCUGAAACCUCUUGAAGUUGAUCUCAAGCGUUUGGAGGAUCUAUCCGACGCCAUCGUGCAGGACUUUGCUCUCAUGCGAAAGCGCGAGGAGGAGAUGCGUGACACCAACGAAAGUACCAACAGCCGCGUGUUGUUCUUCAGCAUCUUCAGUAUGUGCUGUCUGCUGGGGCUGGCCACGUGGCAGGUUCUGUACCUGAGGAGGUACUUUAUCGCCAAGAAGCUGAUCUAAACGAAAAGGAGCGGACGAAUUUGAUUUUGGUUUGAAAAGUUGUGAGUAUGUGUGUAUGCGUGUGUGUUCGGCAGAACAAUUGAAGAUUGAGUGGGUCUAGUGAUUGCGCGUAUUGUUUCGAGAGACCCCCAAGAGGGUUCAUCCUUAGUAGGCAAAUCUGAAAGAUGGUGGUAGGUAUCUGAAUGGCCAGAUGCCCAGAGUGUGGAAUGCAGCGGAACAAAUUUCAUUUCGUAUUUUCUUCGUACUGACGUUGAUGAGUUGGUUUAUUAAACCCCGGCGCGAAUAUCGUGUAUUAUGUUUCUGUUCAGUUUUUCAACCGUUGGCAACUGGUACCUUUUUGCGUCUUCAAUGGGAAAACUUUGUUCAGUUCAAAUCAGUGCUGAAAAUUUCAUUUCGUCAUAUCUAAAUUCAAUCACCUCCAUCUCAUUUUAGAAGCUGAACCUGAGAAUGUAAUGUAUGAAAAACUUGUGCGGCUGGACCAGUUCUGCAAGAAAGUCACGGAAAAACCGAUAUUUUUCGAAUAUUUAAAGUAAAUGUCACGGACUACCUUUGAAAAAUGCCAAAUGAUAUUCACCGUGAAUAUCAUUUGCAUUUUUCGAAGGUAGUCCGUGACAUUUACCUCAAAUAUUCGAAAAAUAUCGGUUUUUCCGUGACUUUCUUGCAGAACUGGUCUAGCCGCACAAGUUUUCCAUAUACAGUAUUCUCAGGUUCGGCUUCUAAAAUGAGCUGUAGGUGAUUGAAUUUAGAUAUGACGAAAUGAAUUUUUCAGCACUGGUUCAAAUCCUCCGGGCUAAUGUGGAGGAUCCAGCUUCUGUUGUCCAUCGGUGGCCUUAUCAAACAGAGGCUGAAAGGUCAAUGUUGAAUAUAAGCUCAAAUCUGAUAAUAUAAAGUUUUCUUUGUUUUUGGUUGUCGUAAACAGGUUUUAUAUAGUUUAAUGUAAACAUAGACUUGAUACGUUUGUCGCAUUCAAAUAAAAGAACUUAAAUGACGGUGAA